AUGACCAACCCGUCCCUGCCCCUCACCCCGCUCACCUCCCACACCAAUGACCACCAAGCCCACCUCCACUACCUCCGCGCCUGUCUCUCCCUAGCCCAGCAGUCCCCGCCAAAACCCACAAACUUCCGCGUCGGCGCCAUUCUCCUCUCACGAACACUCCUCUCCCCAGGAAGACCACGAAUGUACAACGACACAAUCCUCUCAACCGGCUACACCCUGGAGCUACCAGGAAACACCCACGCCGAACAAUGCGCCCUGGCAAAAUACGCCGCAAGACACGGCGUGACUGACGAGCGGAUUGGCGAGGUUUUGCCACCGCCUCCUUCCCCUCCUCUUCCUCCGCAAAGCUCAGGGCCAGGGACAGACAAAGCCCCAGAAGGCGAGCAGAAGAAUAUCAUUCUUUACGUCACCAUGGAGCCGUGCGGGAAGCGAUUAUCGGGGAACAUGCCGUGCGCUGCGCGCAUUGUUCAGAUGAGACGUGCGGCGUCGUCGUUCGGUAAUAGCGAGGAGAAUCGCCAUGCCGCGUCCGUCGGUCUUGAAGCUUCUCAGGGCUCCGCUGCAGGUGGCACGAGGAGAAGGUCUGGCAUUGACAAAGUGUAUUUUGGCGUUAAGGAGCCGGGGACUUUUGUGGGGCAGUCGGUCGGUUGUAAGAUGUUAGAUGAGGCAGGGGUGGAGUGGGAGGUUGUGGAGGGGAUGGAGGAGGAGAUUUUGAAGGUGGCGAUGGCGGGGCAUGAGGAGACGGGAGAAGAGAAGGGGGUGGGAGAUGAGGAGCGUGGGACGAAUGUUGAUGAUAUUUCGGAGGAAGAAAAGAGGAGGCAGGCUGCGUUGCCGCGGAAUCCGAAGAAGAGGAUGAUGGAGGCUGAUAUUUAG